AUGUUUAAUGGGCUCAACUAUCUCAAAUGGUCUGAGCACAUUCAAUUUCAACUUGGUGUUUUAGGUCUUGACCUACCAUUCCAUGUUGAAAAACCUCAUGCUAUUACUGAUACUAGCAGCGAAGGUGAAAGGUCACUCUAUAAUGAUUGGAAGAGAUCGAACAGAUUAAGUCUGAUGCUUAUGCGAAUGAGUAUAGCAAACAACAUGAAGUCUACUCUUCCUGAAAUCGAUGAUGCUAAGGAAUUUAUGAAAGCAGUUGGGGAACGCUCUCAAACUGCAGAUAAGUCUCUCGCUGGGACACAAAUGGCUACGCUAACCACCAUAAAGUUUGAUGGUUCACGAUCCAUUCAUGAGCAUGUCGUUGAAAUGACGAACCUGGCAGCAAGAUUGAAAGCCUUAGGGAUGACUGUGGAUGAUAACUUUAUGGUGCAGUUUAUCUUGAAUUCACUGCCCCCUGAGUAUGGUCCGUUCCAAAUGAACUAUAAUACCAUGAAAGAUAAACGAAAUGUGAAUGAACAGUAUGCUAGUUCAAGAGGAAACACGGCUUAA